UACGGACCCAGCUUGGAGCGGUCACUGAAUCCUAGGAGAAAGCUUUUUUCUACCUCGACCUCUGCCUCUAUUUAUACCUUCCUCGAGGAACAAACACGUGGCUUUCUCACCUUUGCCAUUGUUGCAGCCACAGAUUGGUCAUGUGACUCGCUUAUGCGCUAACAUAUGGCGAGAUGGAGAUGUGGUGAGGUGGAAUGUGGUGAGAUGCUCGGCAUGUCAUAUUAUGUGUUCUCGUUCCAGUGUCGUGGGACGGGUUUGAUGGGUAUUUUAGUUUUAGUGGGUGCUCUCGGGUUUAUGGGCUUGGGAAUUUGUUUUGUGAUGAGUAGGCUAGAAGGGCUCUUCUAGACGGUAUUCUGCGUUUCACAGGCGUUCUAAGUUUACUGUGGAUUCUGGUGUCAUGGUGUUCUAGGUUUUGUACGUGAUGUAGGUUUAAUGUUGUCUAGUAAGCGCUGUAGGUUUGAAUAUUGUUGUAGGUCUAGUAAGUUUGUAUGUCUAGCUGUUG